AUGGCCUCUGAGAAACAACCCGACGAGCAAGCGCCCUCACCAGACCCCCCGCGACCCCAAACCUCAUCCGACCUCCACGCCGCAUACCAUCCCGGUGUCGACGCGCAGAACCUGUCGCCCCGACGCGCCGAACCUCGCAAGCGCUCAGCUCGCUCCGACACGGAAAUCUACCGCGACUCCUUCCUGUCGCCUGUGCUCGUCCGCCGCCGCAGCUCGCGCACCAACACGUUCAAGACGGUCGAUGAUUGCGACGACUUUGACACGUACGGCGCCCUGCCGGGCUGGCAGCCUGGUUCCGAGCCGGGCUACGAUCCUGAACUGCCUGAUGGCGGCCACGCGUCCAUGCCCGCGCUGAGCGCCGAGUGUGACAUUACCGUUGUCGAUUUCGCCCUGGAGCGCAUGGCCAAGCAGCAUUUCAACAACGAGUCCUUCAUCGCGUUUUUGGACAAGCCAAAGGAAGCCUGGGCCAAGUGCCGCUGGAUCAAUGUCAAUGGCUUGAGCUGGGACGUGAUUCAGGCCGUGGGCACCAACAAGGGACUGCACAAGCUCGCGCUCGAGGAUGUAAUGAAUCUGCGGAACAGAACAAAAGCCGACUGGUAUCCCAGCCAUGCCUUCAUCGUCAUGACGCUUCAGAAACUGGUCCACCUUGUUGAAGACGACGAUGGCUCAUCCACCUCGAGCAGCGCGCCGUCUCAAACCACCGCCAAGCGUUGGCUACACAGCCUCGGCCACAAGACAGCGAAGCAGGCGGAAAGAGACCCCGAGCACCACGCCCGCGAUGCCCGCGGCGGACCAGUCCUGGCCGACGGCUCAACACUGCCAGAAACAUGCAUGAUACGCUCGCUCCAGCGCUACCACGCGUCGGGAAACGAGGCCCGCACCGAAUACAUGGAGCAGCACUCCUCCCUGGCGGCCUACAACAUGGCCGUCUCCGCCGAGCAGGUCUCCAUCUUCCUCACCAACGACAACACGGUGAUAUCCUUCUUCGAGGUGUCGGCCGACGACGUGCAGCGGCCCAUCGUCACCCGCCUCUCCACGCCGGGCACCAGCCUCCGCGAGUCCUGCGACGCCUCGCUCCUCGUCCAGGCCAUCGUCGACGCCAUCAUCGACCUCGCCUUCCCCCUGACCGCCGUCUACACCGACCUCCUGGGCGACCUGGAGCUGGACGUGCUCACGGCGCCGAGCAUCAAGCAGUGCCGCCGCCUGUACAUUUGCAUCAGCGAAAUCAACAAGAUGCUGCGCUUCCUCAACCCCAUCGACAACCUCGUCAACGUCCUCCGCGACCACCGCACCCACCUGACCCAGGAGCUGGCCAGCCGGGAGCUGGAAAACCCCGCCAGCGGCGUCAUCGUCACCCCCAUGACGCACACGUACCUGGGCGACGUGCUGGACCACUGCAUCCUCAUCACGGAAGCAAUGGGCCAGCUGAAGCAGAGCUCGGAGAACCUGAUUAAUCUCAUCUUCAACACCAUCUCGGCGAACCAGAGCGCGUCCAUGCAGCAGCUGACCAUGGUGACAAUCAUCUUCCUGCCCUUGACGUUUAUCACGGGCUUCUUUGGGCAGAAUUUCGAGGGGUUCCCGGAGCUGCACAACGGGAUAUGGUACUUUUGGGCGUGUGCUGUGCCGACGGCGCUGGCAACCAUUGUCAUUCUCAUGCGGGACAUGAUAUACGCCUGGUUUGUGCGGCUGGUGCAGCGCAAGCAGAUCGUCUCGCUUCGCAAGAGGAAGAGGAGGUCGCGGAGGGUCUGA